AUGUUGCUGGAUGUUAUGGGACGUAAACAGAGGACGGUGUCGUCCGAUGUCUCUGCUGUGCCGCGGCUGAGUCAGCAGCCUGUCGCCCGCGCGGGGAAGCGAAGUGAACCCGCCUCCUCUGCUGAAGACGCCUGCAGACUCUGUGCUCGAGAGACGAUGCCUUUCAACGGGCACCAUCGCUCCUCGAACGAGUCCCACCAUGAGCAAUCGAGCUCGCACGCACUGAACGGCGGCGCCUACGCUGCCGCAGCGGCGAGGAGCUCUGAUCUCGCAGGCGGCACGUCCCAGGCACUUCCAUCCACCAUGUCGCAACAACAGCAAUACGACUCUCCCCGGCGGGCUGCUGCGUUCGGCCGCCAGCCGGAGGAGCUCCAUAUCCCUCUGUCGGGCACCUCGAUGCCCUCGCAUACGGCUCGCCAGCAGCCUCACAACCAGUUUCCUUCGAGUUCCGAGCCUGGUGCCGGUAAUCCCCCCUCCAUCAGCAUUCAGCAAUCGGCCCCCCAACACGCGCAGUACAGCAGUGGUCCCAGCAGCACGCUGCCAGGCGCCCUCCAGCCUGGGAAUGCCACGAAUCGACCGCCCCCAUUGCCUGCGAAUACCGCUUCUUCGACUGCUCCUGCGUUACCUCCCAUAUCGACCCAGUCUCAGCAGUCUACUACAACACCCUCACGCCCAACUAACUCGCACGGCCAUUCGAAAUCCAGCCCUGCGGGGUUCGACCAGCCGAAAUACAAGCAAUAUGGAACGCCGCCGGACGAUUCCAAGUACUCAUCUCCUCCCGGAUCUGGCUAUCCUCAGACGCCCUCGGGGGCGAAAUAUUCCCCGCUAGGGCUGGCGGAUAUACGGCCACAGACCGACUCUGCGCUGGUGGAUACCCCGAUUACGGGGUCUCGUCCCUUCAAUGGUGACUUUCAAAUCCCCAAAAACAGUAAUUACGUUGCGCCAUGGCCGAUCUAUGCAGUGGAUUGGUGCAAAUGGCCCAUGCCUUCGGGGGGUUCCUUUGCUGGGAAGAUCCAAAUCAUUGACGUUCACCGCAAGCAACCGGAUCCAGAUACCCCGGAUUUAGCACCGGGUGAUGUGCAGUUGGAGUUUGUGAAGAGCGCCGAGGCCACGCAUUCAUAUCCGGUGACGAGGAUCUUAUGGGAACCCCCAUCGUCACAGAAGCAGUCAACUGAUUUGCUAGCGACUUCGGGGGAUCAUUUGCGCCUAUGGUCACUUCCAAGUUCUCACGCGGGAUCGAACAGCAAUUCGAUUACCCGACCGUCCAACCAACGAGAGCAACAACAACCGGCCAAGCUCUCGCCAUUGGCUCUCCUGUCUAACUCGAAAUCACCGGAACAUACUGCGCCGAUCACGGCGCUGGACUGGAAUACUGUAUCUCCGAGCCUCAUUAUCACCUCCAGCAUUGACACGACGUGUACGAUCUGGGACAUACCGACUCUCACAGCUAAAACGCAGCUCAUUGCGCACGACAAGGAAGUGUACGAUGUACGGUUUUGUGCAAAUAGUGUCGAUAUCUUCGUGAGCUGCGGUUCGGAUGGGAGUGUCCGGAUGUUUGAUCUGCGCAGUCUGGAGCAUAGCACCAUCAUCUACGAACCGUCGGAGAAGAACGACAAACCCUCUCCACACGACUCGCAUCUUCUAGCGACCUUUGCACAGGACUCGAAUAUCGUUCGCAUCCUGGACGUGCGACAGCCGGGGCAAGCAAUUAUCGAGCUGAGGGGACAUUCAGCGCCAAUCAACAGCGUUGAAUGGUGUCCGAACCGACGGGGGAUUAUUGCGUCUGGUGCCGACGAUUGCCUGGUGCUUGUCUGGGAUUUGAUCAACCACCAUAACGCGACACACAUCGCCCCUAGCGUUCAUCAUAGUUCGAGCUCUUCUUCUUCUUCUACCUCUGAGCGCGGCCCGUUCGCUGCAUGGCAGUGCGACUAUGAAGUUUCCAAUAUGAGCUGGUCUCCACAGGGAGCCACAACUGCGUCUGGCCACCCGCGAGAUUGGCUAGGGGUAUGGUAUGGUAUGGACUUGUCUUGA